UAAGAUGGAAGAAUCUACUUGAAGAAUUUAAGCAUUAGUGGAAUCGAAUUUGUUUUGUUGUGCCGGUCUCUCAUAGUAAAAAUACAAGUUUGUUGAAUAAAAUAGAUUAUUCCCCUUUACCUAGUUAUCUUUUAAAUAAUGGGUGUAAAGCGUGGCUUAGAUUCUAAUGAAAAUCUAAAUGAAAGAAUAACUGAAGAUGAAGCAGCUUUGUAUGAUCGACAAAUUCGUUUGUGGGGUUUGGACUGUCAAAAACGUUUACGAGAAGCUAGAAUUCUUAUUAUUGGUCUCAAUGGCUUAGGUGUUGAAGUAGUGAAGAAUUUAACUUUAAGUGGGGUGAAAUCAGUUACUAUUAUGGAUGAAACACCUGUGUCUGAAUUAGAUUACUCAGCUCAAUAUUUUGUUGUUGGCAGUGCACCUGGCAAUACAAGAGCUGAGGCAUCGAAAUCAGCAAUUCAAGAACUCAACCCUAAUGUGACUAUUGUUAUUGACAAAGACCCAUUAGAAUCCAAGGAUGCUAAAUUUUUUGCUGAAUUUUCAGUAGUUUUUGCUACUGGUAUUCCUCUAAAAAGCCUUACUAAAGUUAACGAAAUUUGUCAUAAAGAAGAUGUUCUCUUUUUCUGUGGUGAAACGUGGGGCUUUUAUGGAUAUGGUUUUCUAGACUUGCUGAGUCAUAACUACUCUAAGAAAUUGAAGAGAGAUGAUACUGAGGCAACAGUAUUUGGAAAAUUUGAUUAUUGUACUCUUGAUUCUACUCUCACCCUUAAAUUUGGUUCAGGAUUAGGUAAAAGAACCAGCAAGAUUUUUGUUUUAUUUCAUUUGAUAAAUCAUUUCUUUGAUGUAAAUCAAAGAUUUCCAUCUCCUUUAUCUCGUGAAGAAGACUUAAAUUUACUGAGAGAGUAUAGAGAUGAAUGUGUACGUAAUUUAAAUUGUGAUGCUGAUAAAAUUCCAGAUUCAUUAUUAAGUUGUGUAUUUGGAGAACUGGCUCCCAUAUGUGCAGCUGUUGGAGGCAUUUUAGCUAAUGAAAUUAUUAAGGGUAUUUCAAAACAAGGUGAGCCUUUGUGCAAUUUCCUAUUCUUUGAUGGAGAUGAGUGUACAGGAGCGGUUGAACGAAUUAUGCCAAAACCUUGAUGUACCAUUUUUUUUUAUUAACUUUAAAUUAUUUCACUUUAUAAAAAUCAUGCAUCAUUAUUAUUUUUUCAUUAAUAAAAUGAAACUGUCAUUUGA